AUGGUCGACCCGUCAGUCCCCCAGCCUGGCCCGGCGCGACUGAAGCCCAAUGCCGGCCCAGACGAGUGGCUAGAGGCAGCGAAAAACUGCAAGUACUUGUCGGAACACCACAUGAAGCAGUUAUGUGAGCUGGUCAAGGAAUACAUGAUGGAGGAAUCCAACAUUCAACCGGUGUCCACUCCGGUGACGAUAUGUGGUGACAUACAUGGCCAGUUCUACGACUUACUCGAGCUUUUCCGCGUAGCUGGUGGGAUGCCCGGUGACACUCGUCCUGCCGCCCCUUCCACCCAAGCGCCGAUAAUAACAUCCGAAGACAUCGAGCCCCCGUCAACCAUCACAGAUCCGAAGUUGAAGCGAAGACUACGGAAGAGUUCACCGCCCAACUCUGUAAUUGAGGAUGAUGGCGACGAAGAGACGGGCGGCCAAGCAACAGAGUCGAAAGGAGAUGAUGAGACCGGGGAAGAAGACAAGAGCGCUUCUCCCAUCGGCAACUUCAUCUUCCUAGGCGACUAUGUGGAUAGAGGGUAUUUCAGCCUGGAAACGCUGACGUUACUGCUCUGUUUGAAAGCGCGGUAUCCGAAUAAAAUCACUCUCGUGCGGGGGAAUCAUGAGUCGAGGCAGAUCACGCAGGUGUACGGCUUUUAUGACGAAUGUGUGCAGAAAUACGGCAAUGCAUCGGUAUGGAAGGCAUGUUGUCAGGUGUUUGACUUUAUGACUUUGGGCGUUAUCGUUGAUGGCAAGGUGUUGUGUUUACACGGCGGGCUGAGCCCGGAGAUUCGAACGCUGGACCAGGUGCGUAUCGUGGCGAGGGCGCAGGAGAUUCCGCAUGAGGGUGCGUUCUGUGAUCUUGUCUGGUCUGAUCCAGAUGAGACGGAGGAUCUAACAUGGGCCGUCAGUCCUCGUGGAGCUGCCGACGAGUUCUGCGCUGUGAACGACCUUAAUCUGAUUGCCCGAGCUCAUCAGCUUGUCAACGAAGGAUACAAAUACCACUUUGACAGCCAGGCCAUGGUCACGGUCUGGAGUGCACCGAACUACUGCUACCGCUGCGCCAACAUGGCGAGUGUAUGUGAGGUGCGAGAAGACCUCAAGCCGGUCUUCAAGCUCUUUGCUGCCGUGCCCGCGGAGAUGAGACAUGUUCCUGCCUCCCGGCCGCAGAAAGCAGAGUACUUCCUUUAA